CUCGCACUGGUCACUUCCCUCACAAUGCUUGUAAAUUACGCGCCACCUUCAUUGAAAAAGCCACUCCUUUUGGCGUCAUCCUCGCUCUUCUCUCCUCACACCACUUCGCGGCAGUCGCCACUUUCAUUCUCCAAACUUCUUCAUUUCCACUAUCGCCGGAGUUCAUUCCAUACAUUCGCCGCCAUGGCUGAAGCAAAAGACGCUGCCUUCUAUUCUCCGCCAGAGCACGACGUCGGGAGUUGGUACUCGGUGCCGGACCUUCGGCUUCGCGACCAUCGCUUCACUGUUCCCCUCGAUUACUCUGUUCAGCGCAGUGCUUCUCCCAAGAUCUCCAUUUUUGCUCGAGAAGUCGUGGCUGUUGGGAAAGAAGAACAACAACUGCCUUACCUAUUAUUUCUACAGGGUGGACCCGGCUUUGAGUGUCCACGGCCAACUGAGGCUAGUGGAUGGAUACAUAAAGCAUGCGAAGAAUUCCGUGUUGUUUUGAUGGAUCAGCGAGGAACAGGCUUAUCAACUCCUUUGACAUCAUCAUCUAUGUUACAACUGGGUUCUGCACAGAAGUUGGCUGAAUACUUGAAAUAUUUUCGAGCUGACAAUAUAGUGAAUGAUGCUGAAUUCAUCCGAGUUCGUCUGGUUCCUGAUGCUGGACCUUGGACAAUUUUGGGUCAGAGUUAUGGUGGCUUUUGUGCUGUAACGUAUUUGAGUUUUGCACCACAAGGACUGAAACAAGCCCUGAUAACUGGAGGAAUCCCUCCAGUAAGGAGUGGAUGCACUGCUGAUAUUGUCUAUAGAGCAUGCUAUGAACAGGUUAUUCGCCAGAAUGAAAAGUACUAUAAGAGGUUUCCUCAAGAUGCUGAAAUUGUUCGUGAAGUUGUGAUCCAUUUGGCGGAAUCUGAAGGAGGCGGGGUGCUUCUUCCAUCAGGGGGAAUAUUAACUCCAAGAGGACUUCAAACUCUAGGUCUUUCUGGUUUAGGAUCCAGUUCAGGUUUUGAGCGUCUUCACUAUAUGUUUGAAAGGGUGUGGGAUCCCAUCAUAGUUCCGGGAUCAAGAAAGCAAAUUAGCGACUACUUUUUAAAAGCUUUUGAAAAUUGGUUGGAUUUUGAUUCAAACCCACUCUAUGCUAUCCUGCAUGAGCCCAUAUACUGUCAGGAUGAUUCAUCAAACUGGUCUGCUUACAGAAUUUUGGCUGAAGACAAUGGUAAAUUUGAUGCAAUCAGGGCUGCAAAAGAAGGCCGGCCAGUAUUUUUCACAGGGGAGAUGGUGUUCCCAUGGAUGUUUGAUGAAAUUCAUGCCUUGAGGCAGUUUAAAGAUGCUGCUGAGUUAUUGGCUGAGAAGAAAGAUUGGCCUCCCCUUUAUGACAUUGCUGUGCUGAAAAAUAACAAGGUACCUGUUGCAGCUGCUGUUUAUUAUGAAGAUCUGUAUGUUAAUUUCAAGCUGGCAAUGGAGACGGCUUCUCUGAUAGCGGGUAUUAGACUAUGGAUAACUAACGAAUAUAUGCAUUCUGGUCUGCGGGAUGCAGGGGGACGUGUUUUAGAUCAUUUGUUGGGAAUGUUAAAUGGAAAGAAGCCAUUGUUCUGAUAACCACUAUACUUUCUUAUAACAAUGGCUUCCUUCUCCCCUAGCCAGUACAUUUCCCAUGGUUAAAAAUAAAAAAUAAUGUACUUGUAUCGAUGGCUAAUGUGGAUUGUUUCAUAUCAGACUUCCUCUGUGAUGUGAGAAUAUUACAAUCUUUGAAGACCA